GAAGAUUUAACAGCGUUUGGGCGUGAGUUUCGUAUCUGCUCUGGCAAUCUGCAACAAUCUUUAUAUGCGGGCUCAAUUAAUUUAUAAAAAAUUAUAGAACAACUGGAGAAACGCGACGCCAUCGUUCUGUCCACAGUUAAGCCCAUAAAUCAAGUCGAAAGAAUUCUUCAAAAAACAACUAAACUCCAACUGCAAUUUCCAUUGCUCUCUGUGUAGGUGCGAAUAUCUUUGUAUCUCGGAGUGUGUGUAUUGGUGCGUGAGCAAAUUAUUGUAUAAUCGCCAAAAACAAAAAACUAAGAAAAUAAAAAUAAAAGUUUUGAGACGCCAACGCCAUUGCCCAUAAAAAGCAAGAACAACAAAAUUAAAAACAAUUUCGGAGAAUAAAUGUAAAACAUCUGGAAGCAACUACUGAAAUUGCACUGAAAACUAAACACACCUGCGGACAUAUCGAAAAUAUCUAAAUACCUUUGAAUCCUAUAACUAAAUACACUAUAUAACACCAUGCAAGCCAUCAAGUGUGUGGUCGUCGGAGACGGAGCGGUGGGUAAGACCUGCCUGCUGAUCAGUUACACGACCAACGCCUUUCCCGGAGAGUACAUACCCACUGUGUUCGAUAACUACUCGGCCAACGUGAUGGUGGAUGCCAAGCCCAUCAAUCUGGGACUCUGGGAUACCGCUGGGCAGGAGGACUACGAUCGCCUCCGGCCGCUCUCCUAUCCGCAGACGGACGUCUUCCUCAUCUGCUUCUCGCUGGUGAAUCCGGCCUCCUUUGAGAACGUCCGGGCCAAGUGGUUCCCCGAGGUGCGUCACCACUGCCCCAGUGUUCCGAUCAUCCUGGUCGGCACCAAGCUGGAUCUGCGCGACGACAAGGCCACCAUCGAGAAGCUGAAGGACAAGAAGCUCACCCCCAUCACCUAUCCCCAGGGACUGGCGAUGGCCAAGGAGAUCGCCGCCGUCAAGUAUCUGGAGUGCUCGGCCCUGACGCAGAAGGGACUCAAGACCGUGUUCGAUGAGGCCAUCAGAUCGGUAUUGUGUCCGGUGGUCCGCAGCCCCCGGAGGCACAAGUGCGUCUUGCUCUAAGGCCGGACCUCUGACCCUCCACCCGAAAAAGCAAGCAAGAAGAUCAUUCAGCGCUGGAGAACAAAGCGCAAAAAUGUCGAUUCUGUGCGAAAAAAUUCAUAUUCAUUCGCUUUGUUGGACUUACAGUUAUGAUUAGUGUGUGCGUGUGUGAGUAUUUGAGUGUAUGAAUGUGGGGGUAUGAGUGUGAAUGAGGGAGCGUAUUUUUGUUUUUAUUGUCAGCUUUAUGUGGGGGAGCAGCUCACAGCAGCAGCAGCAGCACCAGAAACAACAACAUCAAUCAGAGAGCGCAUCCAAAAGGGAGCGGAAAAUGGUAGAGGGGGAGCAGAGGUCUCUAGGGGGGGCCAGAACAUGCAUAUAUGUAUGCGUUAUGUGCAUAUACACUUGAAAAAAAAAACUGUUUAAAACUAAUCGGAAAUUGAUAUUAAAAUAUAGUUAUUAAAUGACGAAUCUGGUUUAACCAAAAGCCUUUUUUUAAAACCAUUAUCUUAAACAUAAUAAUUACUUUUUUCCGCUCUGUAUGCACAUAUAUAUUUUGGCCACAUGCUAAAGGAACUUGGCCAGGAGAAUGUAUGACAAAUAAAAUAUAAUAUAAUUAAUUGUAAAUAAAUCUAGACGAUGUAGAACCUUCAGCGCCCCCAAUACAGUCAUAGAGCAGCCCGUACUACCCGAACUAGAACCCUCACCCGAUAGCUCUUAUCUAGGCGGGGGAGUAAAGGCCAUAGCGAAAAUAGAGCCCCACCUAUGGCCAAUAUCUGAACAAUCUGGGGGGAAUUUGUGCGAAUGGCCAACAGAAAUAAAAAUUAUUUUCAUUUAUGAUUUAUAGAGAGUGUGAGUGAGGGAGGGAGUGUGUGCCUGUCUGAUCAAUGGUCUUCCCACUCAAAUGCAUUUGCCUGGUCUUGAUUUAAUGUAUACUAAAUGCACAAUUAGCCUCUACUUUGGUGUUAAUUUAUUUACUGAUAUUUAUGUUUACAAAAUGCAUACACUUUGCCAAAUUGUUUUCACUGCAAAAAAAAAAAGGAAAUACUUUUAUUUAUAUUAACACAUAAUUUACCAAUAAAGAGUGUAAUGUUAAUCAACAAAAUAAAUGUUUGUAAAAAGCUAAAAAAAAAA